AUGGCGAGCGAGCGAGCCGCAGCAAUACCUACCGCCCUAGCACCCUCCCGCCCCUGCCCCUUGCCGCGCGGUGGUUUCUGGCCUGCCUUCAGUGAAGAACUAGGCAUAAUCUUUAGUGUCCCACCACCACCAACUCCCGCUGGUCCACCAGCAGACGCAGCCUGUCCCGAAGAAACCACACCGUCUUCGACUGAUGAUGUAGCCCCGGAGCCGCAGUUCAUCCUCCAAGAGCACAAGCUGGGGGUGUCCGUGCACAGCAUCCACCCCCUCAUCAACGAAGCACGGGCGGCGUUUCCUGUCGCCCGCCGGGAAUACCGUCGGCUGAGACGAGCGCACUCGUCGCUCGAAAGGAUGCCAAGCGAAGAGAGUUCGAAGCCGAAAGAAGGUCGGGGUGGCGCCCUUUCUGGUGUUGCCGUCGCCGCGGCGACCCUCUUGUCCGUUACUCGGGCCUUGCUGUUGGUGAACGCGGACCACGGGUCUGCGUGGAACACGAGGAAGCAGCUGGUCGUGGACGGGUUGUGCGAGGGAAGCUCUAUCCCGCAGGAGAUCAAGCUCCUGAAUUUGAUCUUCACCAAACACGCCAAGAGCCCGAACGCGUGGGCUCACCGACGAUGGUGUUGGAGGAACAACGAGAGGUUUCGAGCCAGGCAUGCGGACAUUACCUGGCACCCGCUCGAUGAACAAGAGGAGUUGAAGGUGUGCCAACGGGUCGCCGAGCUUUACCCCAAGAACUACUACGCCUGGACGCAGCGAAGCUGGGUGGUGCUUCGUGCCGUGGGAGGUGCUAGAGCUGACGCCAGCGCGGGGCAGGAGGGUUUGCCAGGAGAGGACACGCCUACCGCACCAGCGGCUGCAGAGCUGCUCGAAAGGGAGAUCGAGUUUGUGGACAGGUGGCUGACGAGCCACGUUUCGGACCACUCCGCCCUGAACCACCGCAAGAACGUUUUUUCUGCGCUAGCGGCCAUGUCGCCAGCCUCGGACGAGAUGGCAAGGCUUGGCCUCGUGGACAAGGAGCGAUCGGCCAACUCCAAGCUCCUCCGAGACUACCCUGGCCACGAGAGCCUGUGGUGCUACCGCCGCUUCGUUUGCCAAGCGCGCCUGGUCACCGCUCCCAGCAGCGUCGCCGGGCCGGCCGCGGCAGCGGGGAGACAAUCGGAGGAGCCGCCCCCAUCGUCAUCGGACAAGGACCGCCGCGGCUCGUACGAUUGGGAGGCGUGGGGUCGCGCCGUGACGGAGUGGCACGAUGGGUGUGUCCGAGAGGACGACAGAGCGGCGGCAGCGGAGGAUUCGGACGAGGAUUCGGAGGAAGAGCACGAACACACGACCGCGACCGAGGAGACCGACUUCGAAGAGGCCGAGGGGGCGUUGCCCGGCGCCCCCUCCGGGGGUGGCCCGCUGGCGACGUUUCUCGGGCAGGAAGCGCGCUUCGCGUUGAAGUGCGCGACAGACAAGGGCGCCUGGCAAUUUGACCGGCAGCGACGGCACGCGCUGGCCUACCUCGCCUUCCUCUCGCACGCGACCGACCGCAUCGUCUUGGGCAGCCACCACCACCACCAGGAGCAGCCCCGACGUUCAUCAUCGCGCGAGAGAAGAAGCCAGAACGGCAACAACAACACACAACGACCCGCCGGGGCUACGGGAUUCGCCGGGAGUUGUAAAGAUGUUGCAGGCCACGUCGGAGAGGCCGAGAGCACGGCAGGGGGGGGUUGCUUGACCUACUGCGAGGUCACGGGAGCCCCAAAGCUGAAGUUUCCGCUUGCCCUCCUCCCUUCCCCUGAGGCUAGCGCGCAUGCGGGAGGGCCAGCGGGACACGAUAGCCGUGGUAGCGUCGGAGGAGGUGCGGCGGGAAGAGGGGGUGGUGGUGGUGGUGGCUGCCCCAGUAGCGGCGUCGUCGUCGUAGAAGAAUCCGCCGCCGUUCGAGCCCUCCGGGCUCUGAACCUGUUCGUCGCUGCGCUAGCCAAAGCGGACGCCGAUGAUCAUGCCGUUGGGAAGAAUAGGUGCGGCGGCGGCGGCAUCGCCCCCUACACGAUACACGUGUAA